GCCGUGACCCGGAAGUAGAAGCGUGUUUGCUGUUAGUCAGAGAGCGCUGUCUGUGAGGGCUGCACCGGCCGAGGUAAGGGCGGGAAGCCGAGCACAGCUACUGUAACUCCCACCAUGCUCUGCCAGCCAUUGGAGUAUUAGAACUGCUGGGGACUAUUUAACCUGCCUAUGUAAUAGCCACACACUCCCAUCAUCCUCAGCCUCACUGCCAGACACUCCCAUCAUCCUCACUGUCAGGCACUCCCAUCAUCCUCAGCGUCACUGCCAGACACUCCCAUUAUCCUCACUGUCAGGCACUCCCAUCAUCCUCAGCCUCACUGCCAGACACUCCCAUUAUCCUCACUGUCAGGCACUCCCAUCAUCCUCAGCCUCACUGCCAGACACUCUCGUUAGCCUCAUUUUCACUGCCACACAUCACCCAAACACUGGGCACCAUGGUCUGAGGGAGCUGGUCCUGGUAACACCCUGCUCAGGCUGUCAGAGGACACACAUCACAUGUACAGGUUGAUUGUAUUUAUAUAUCACUGGCAGUUUUAAAAUGCCAACAUAUUCCAUAGCGCUGUACAAUUAUAAACAGACCCAUACAAAAGGUAAAGAGGGCGCUGCCCGUGAGCGGUGAUCAAGCCCCUGAAGAUAUGUUAUACAGAGUGCUUUGCUAGAUAGCCGGGCGCUUACAAUCUAAAGGUUGGGCCGUAUGUGGUAUUCAUAUACUGCAGGAGGGAAACAAAGUGACUAAUGGUUGAGGGCACACGUGACAUGAAUUCUAUAUACUGCAGGGGUAUUAUGUUUUCAUGUGCAGUCCAUCAGCAUGAUAUGGACACAGUGCUUAUUCUGAUAUAUAUUGUCAGGGAAACAAACCCGUGUUCCUGACACUCUAUAAUCCUUAGGAUCCCCCCACCCUCAGGGCCCCCCUUUAGCCACUUACCUUUAUCCAGCGCCAGGCUCCCUCGGCGUUUGUGACCUCUCCUCCCGAGUGCAGCCGAAUGCGCAUGCAUGGCCAGAGCCGCGCAUGUAUUAAAAACGCCCAUACGAAAUCAUUUCGCAAAGCUUUCCUAUGGACGUUCUGCGUGCUUAAUGUGAUUUUGGCAUUGCGCAUCGGGGGCGCGCCUCUAGCGGCUGUCAGGAAGACAGCCACUAGAGGCUGGAAUAACCCUACAAUGUAAACAUACCAGUUUCUCUGAAACUGCUAUGUGUACAUCUGAAGGGUUAAAACCUGGGGGACCUGGCACCCAGACCAUUUCACAUUGAGGUAAAGUGGUGUGAGUGACUAAAGUGUGCCUUUAAUGUAAAACAUUUCUCUGGAGGUGAUCAUUCCUUGUUCUGCAACAUCAGUAAAUAUUGUGUUUUAUAAUGUAAAUAAAACAACUGGGGAAAGAAAAAAAGCUGUUACUUAUCCAAGUAUCUACGACUUUCCCACCCCAGCUAGCUUCAGAUGCCUUCAUGCCGCCUUGGGCAUCUACACAGAAAUGGCAAAGAAAUGUGUGCACACUCUGGCAUUCUUUCAACAAUGCCAUACACAGGCAUGUGCAUGGCACUGUGUGGUUAAUCUAAAGUGGCUGGAAUGGAAUGUAAAGGGAUAAAAUAGGACCGCAUGAGUUAUAAAUAAAUAUGCACAACCAUUUUUCACAAAUCUCACGUGAACAAUUCAGGUUAACUGAAUGAGCUCAUACAAAUCUUAAUACUGACAUCCGUGCUGAGAUGGUGCAGGAUUCACCAUGUCUUUCUGGGCAAACAUCACUGAUGCAUGGUUAUGGGCAGCAGGUUUAAAGUGCUGCUAUGUGGUAUUAAGAAUUCAUAUGGGAGGAGAGUGGAAAUCUAUUAAUUGAUUAAAGAGAAAUCCCAAAGGAACUUGAAUAGAUAAUUAGAUUGGCUCCUGCAGCAUUGGACUUCUAUAUACUAUGGGGCUGCACUUUGCACAAACAGACCAUCAAUUUGUAGAAGUGAAAAGUAACUAGGAACCCAAAGUAUUGUAAUGAACUACGCUAUUGCUAUGACCUGAAAAAUAAGUCUGCAUAUCAUCUAUUAUACAUUAUUGCAUAAAAUAAUUGAUAUCUGUAAAAAUAUAUAAUAAACAUGCAAAAACUGUAAAAAGGGAACUGUCUCACAAUUUUCUGUAUUUUUUUUUUUCAAUCUUUUAGUAUUUACUAAAGUGACACUCUAAGUUGACAUUGUUUCCCCCGUUCUAUUUUCAAGCAUUAUAAGAGAAUGCAUACACCAUAAAUCUCGCCCAACAUUUACCUAAUAGUUAGUGUGACAUCUCUCGAGUACUUUCAUUAUAAAAAGUCACACCUGCUACUUGCAGUAUUGCUUUAUUCAUGUAUUUCAUUAUGAAGCAAUGUGUGUCUUAUUACAUAUUUAAUAUCCAUAUUCCACUUUUAAUACAUUAGCUACAUAAUGUCUUAUAGAGUGUUGGUUGUAGAUCAAUUCCUAUUUAAUAAAACAGUCUGUGUGCUGUCAUUGGCAGUCACAAUUUCCAGGUUUGCAGUCUGCAUCUCCACUGUUUCUCCUGGGAAGAGAUGGAGCUCACUUCAAGUUAUUUUUUUAUUUUUUAAACAAAAAUGACUUCUCCAACAUAAACAAAGGCAUUUUUACAGCAUUGUGUUUAUAUAUUUCAAGAACUGCAUUUAGAAGGUCUACAGCAGGAUAGGCAACCCUCAGCACUUCCAAUGUUGUAGACUACAUCUCCCCUAAUUCUUUACCAGCUACAAUCUAUGACAUCUGGAGUGCCGAAGCUCGCCUAUCUCUUCUCUAUUGGGUUUUUAGUUGUGCUGAGCUUAUAAUACUUAACUAUAUGUAUAGUGAUAUAAUGUGUUAACUUACUGUUUAUGUUUUGCAGAUGUAGCUGUGUAUCAUGUCACCCAUUCAAAUGAAAGAAAGUAGAUUCCUUCUAAUAAGCUGAAUAAUCUAACAAUCAAGAUGAACAGCAUAACCCAGCUUUUUAAUGACCUUUGUGAAUCUCACAUGGUGGGGUUCCCAUGGACAACGGGGAUUGGUACCAGAAAGAGGAACAAGAAUAGGACCAAACAAAGUCUUAAGAGGCUGGCCUAUGACACGCUUUUCGUACACUUAUUUCAAGAGGAGGUCCGUAGGCUACAGCCAAAUACCACAAAACUCCCAGUGAAAAAUAAGAUGCUUAUGUUGUCUUUUAAUCUACGUAUGGGUGGAAUGGAUUUGGAGGCUGAGCGACUAGAAGAACUAGUGGAACAUGUAGAAAAGACCAGUGACACUCAAGUCGGGGAUGUUUAUGCAGUUCUUGAGCUUUUAAUAGAUCUUGCAGGAACUGGACCACCUCAGGUUCUUCCACCAAAACGAGAUCUCUUCCAAAAUAACAAAUAUGUGGGGAGAAAACCACGCUACCAUGGCUAUGAUUACUAUGAUGUUAGCAUAUUUGAAGCUGACCUUGGGACAUUUCUGGCUCAUCAAGAGUGUGAGAUAAGCAACACUGUGCACAGAACCCUUCAGAUAAUGGAAGGAGAACCUGGUACUGGUCUUCCAGCCAUAGGCCUCUUUUCUCAGAACUUUACCACCAUUGACAAAUUUGAGAGAGAAACUCGUGUGUCACUUUUUGGGGCACUUGUUCACAGUCGAACUAAUGACAUGGAUAUUAAGCUGGAUUUGCCUCCUGUGCCAGACAGCGCAGACCUUUCCGGACUGGCUAUAAAAGUAAAGCAUAUUCAUUAUUUUAUUCAUAUAAUUUCUAGUUGUGCAUUUAUGUUAUGGAUCUCUGGAGAAUUGCAAAAUUUAAGCAACGUUGGCUUACUGAAAAUUUGGUUUUCAGUGAAUAAUCCUGGCAAUGUUUGAAGUAAGCUAAAUACCUGUUUACAGUGCUAUUAAACAGGUACUGCUAUGAUCAUAGUGUGCUUUUACUUAUAAAAUGCUAUUACACUUUAAGGUGUACCUUUCUGGUCAUAUAGAACAUGUCACUUUGAAGGGUGUUGUCCGAUGACCCCUCCAUGCAGCACAUACAUGUUUGUAUAUUUCAUAAUUCAAGUUGGAGUUCUACACAGCCCUAGCCAUACCAAUCCAUACCAGCAAUGAGCGACUGCUGGAAAUGGUCAGCUGAUGUUCACAGCCAAUCACUGCUAUCGUCGCUGCUCGCAUUAGCACUGCCUCGGGAAGCACCUCUCCUAGCCAUCUGAGGAGUGACCAGUGGAGGUAUCCCUAGGCUGUAAUGUAAACACUGCAUUUUCUCUGAAAAAAAACUGCGUUUACUGCAAAAAGGCUGAAGGGACUGACUAUACUCACCAGAACAAAUUCAAUUAGCAGUAGUUCUGGUGACUAUAGUGUCCUCUUAGUAUUCCUCUCUCCCUUCCCCCCAAAAGUAAAUGUGAACAAAAUUCUCAAAGUGGCACAAUAACAAACCUCUCAUCAUUGGGAAAUAUUUGUACACGUAUGUACACUGUGCAUUGUGGAGUUGUAAAAUUGUGUUAUUUUUGGUGUUGGUUUUUGUGUUAUGAUCACAAUAUUCAUUAUAUUUCUUGUAAAUGGGAUCACUUUCUGAUGAUAUUGUUUAUACCAUUUUCCUUCUUCUUACAUCACAGGUUCAGUUAAUGUGGUGUUUUUUGCGUUGCCCUUUGGGAAACAGCUAGUGUUUGUGGUAAUGUUUUCUGUAAACUGUUUUUUUUUUAUUUAUUUUUUUUGCUCUGUUAUUGGUCAAAGUGUGAAUUUGCCUUGCCUAUCAUCAUUUGAAGGAUGUGUUUCAAUGUAUUGUGUGGCACAGGAAACACCCCAAACGCCUAAAGCUCUUUAGAUUCCUGUUUAAAAUGGGGGGGGAAAGUACAGAAAUUGGCACUUUUAUAAAUUAAUCUUAUCAAACCCCUUGGCUGCCAAUCAAACAACUAGUCCUGUUACUUCCUGUAGUUUAGUUCUGUGCUUGGACAGCCACAGAAGGUCUGGGACAGGAAAGUAGGGGAGGGCUUGAAAAGGCUGCAGAAAGCAGAUCUGUAUCUUUUGCAAGCUGUUUUUUAUAUACCCCAAUGAAAAAUACAUAAUUUAAUUCUUGCAUGUUUUCAUUAGAGAUUUAUCUACUAAAUGUUUUUAUACAUUUGCUAUUUGUAAUUAAGGUUUUAUUUUGACAUUCUAAUGACCUAUGUCUGGUCUUCAGGUUCCGCAAAGUAUUGACCAGUCUGAAGAUGAAGGUUUCCAGUCUGCUUCAAAUAUGACCCCAGAUUCUCAGUCCGAGCCAAGCGUGACCCCUGACAUAGACUUAUGGGAGGCAGUUCUCACCUAUGGACCCAGCAAACGUCGCUGCUGGGAAAGAAUUGGUUGGUGAGUCACAGUCAGUAACAGGAAGACUUGAAUUGCUCUAUAGUGAUAAAGACAAAAACCAAACAUACUAGACUGUAUGUAUGUUUGUAUGUACACACACACACUUCACUCUUACAUUAAACCCCUGGUAUUUGACAUUCCUCUAUUGCUAUUCUUGUCAACCAACAAUAAGUGGUUGUAGUAUCUAAACCAAUCUCUAGGCUCCCUUUUCUUCCAGUGAGGAAAUACUGAAGAUUUGAGAUCAUGAUGUCAUGUUCCUCAUUGGAAUGAAUAGAAACUUCACUGACUCUGACACUACAGGCUGCAAAUGACCAAUUUGUGUGCAUACUGUAGAUAAUAAGAAUGAUCUAGUUAAGGCUGUUGCAUUUGCAGUUGAUUCCCAAACUUCAGGUACUCCAUAUUCUUACAAAAAUCCUCUUUGAACAAUUGUCACCUUUAUCCAACCACUUUUACCAAUAGAAUGCAUUUUUGCCCCUAAGUUGUUCAAUCUAACAUGAUUCAGUCAUUAAAUCGUAAUGGAUGUAAUGUGGAUAUGCAGUGUUUUUAUCUGAUGUUGUUUCUCUUCUUUCAUUAUAUAUUGUGUCACAUAGUUUACAAUCCUUGAUAAUGUUUUAAUAAACCGUGAAUCUAAAGGCAAGUACUACAACUCAGACGGAAAUAUCCAAACUCAUGAUAUUUUAAUAUUGUUGGAUACACUUUCCAAAUCUGUGUUAAUUUUGUCAACUAACAAUUUUAGUCUGGUUUUAGUCAACUAAAAUGUAUGAGAUUUAAAAUAGCUUUUUAGUCAAAAGACUAGCACUAAAACUAAAUUGAAAUUGGCCACCAAAAUUAACACUGGCGGGUAGACACAUGGGGGAGGGAAAAGAUUGAAACACAUGGGGGGGGCUUUGGGGAUUGAAACACAUGGUGGGGGACUGUGGGGAUUGAAACACGUGGGGGAAGAUGAGAUGCAUGAACUGGGGGAGCACAAAGCGACAGAGUGUGUCUGGCGGGAAGAGACUCAAAAAUAGGGUAGACAGAGGAAAGAUAGGAUACCCAGAGGCGCUGGGGGGGCACAAAGAGAUACAGAGGGGCUGUGGAAAGGGGUAAAAGAGACAGACAGAGGAGGCUUUAAGAAAACCCAUUGUGUCAACUAAAAUCUACUGGAGGUUUAGUAGACUAAAACGAAAAACAAUUCAGAUGACUCAAAUACGACUAAAACCAAAAUGACUUUUUAGUCAAAAGACUCUUUCAAAACUAAAUAGAAAUUUGCUGCCAAAACACUGUUCCACAUGAUUUAAAAACUGUCAAACUAUUGCAAAACUAAACUAUUUUUCAUAAUAAAUCAUUUAAAAUGUUUAUUUAAAAUUAUUAAAUUAUUUAGAAAUCUUGUUCAGAAAUAUUAAAUUGAGGCCUAUGUAAAUUGCCUCUAAUGCUAAUGUCAAGAAGGUGAAGAAUCUUCGAGUCCAACUCUCUGCUAGACCCGCUUCAGUCUGGUUUCCGUGCUAAGCACUCUGUGGAAAGGGCAUUGACCAAAGUAUCCAAUGAUCUACUCGCUGUGUCACUACUCUAUCCUAAUUCUCCUUGAUCAUCAACAGCUUCUUCUCAUCCUCCGCAAUAUCGGUCUACAAGAUAUUGCUCUCUCCUGGUGCUCCAACCUCUCCCAGCGCUCUUUCAGUGUUUCUUUCUCUGGCUCUGCUUCUUCUCCCGAACUCCUCUCUGUUGGUGUUCCCCAAGGGUCUGUCCUUGGUCCCCUACUGUUCUCCAUCUACACUGCCUCCCUUGGUAAACUCAUUAGCUCAUUUGGCUUCCAAUAUAAUUUCUAUGCAGAGGACAAGCAAAUCUACCUGUCCCUCUUGACUAGUGUCUCUGACUGCCUCUCUGCUAUUUCUAACUGGAUGGCUGCCAACUUCCUUAAACUAAACUUGACCAAAACUGAAAUUCUGGUCUUUCUUCCCUCAAGUGUUGUUACUCCUGUGUCUGUCUCCCUCCAAGUCAAUGGUGCUACCAUCAGCUCCACCGCGCAGGCUCGCUGCCUAGGUGUUCUCUUUGACUCCGACCUCUCCUUCAAGCCUCAUGUUCAAUCUAUCGCCAAAUCCUGUCGUUUCCAUCUCAAAAACAUUGCGCGCAUCCGACCCUACUUAACGCCAGAUGCAACUAAGGUGCUGGUCCAUUCCACUGUCCUUUCUCGCCUUGACUACUGUAAUCCGCAUCUCAGUGGUCUAAUGUGCUCCCAACUUGCGCCGUUUCAGUUCAUUAUGAUUGCGGGGGCGAGGCUCAUCUUCCUGUCCGCCUGCACCUCCCACGCCUCACCAUUCUGUCAGUCCCUACAUUGGCUUCCUGUAAGAUAUAGGGCUCAAUUUAAAAUUCUGGUUCUUGCUUUCAAAUCUCUGCAUAAUGCUGCUCCCACCUAUCUAUCCUCCCUAAUACACAUCUGCUGAAGACUUACGUCUAUCUUCUGUCCGUACUCCCACUUCUGAUGCUCGCCUUCAAGACUUCUCGAGGGCUGCACCGUUCCUGUGGAACUCGCUUCCCUCCUCCGUUAGAUGUUUACCCAGUCUCCACUCCUUCAAAAAAUCAUUAAAAACCCACUUCUUUAUAAAAGCAUAUCAAUUAAACUGUUAAUAGCUCCCGACUGAUUCCUCUUCUGCAACUAUCACUAGUUUAAUACUAUCCUUACCUUUUUGUGUCACUUUACCCCACUCCCUCUAGCAUGUAAGCUCAUCGAGCAGGGCCCUCAACCCCUCUGUUCCUGUGUGUCCAACUUGUCUAGUUACAACUACAUGUCUGUUCGUCCACCCAUAGUAAAGCGCUGCGGAAUUUGAUGGCGCUAUAUAAAUAACAUAAUAAGAAUAGACUGCCUGAUGUUUGGAAAUCAACUUGUCAGUCUUUUUUCAGAGAUUUCAGACAAGUCUGUUUGUCCUUGUGCUACAUCUUGAGGGGCUGGCCACACAAAGAGAGGCUAGGUUGGCACUUUGUAUUGAAGUGUGGCGUUUUUCUUUAAUCUUAUUACUGUGUGGAACUGCCAGGCAAACACAUCCUUUCUUAGCAGAAGCAACAUAUUUCAGACAGGGAGAGAAGUAAAUGUUUAUACCAAUCAGCAAACCAGUAUCUAUCCUGUGAUUGUCUGUGUCUGCAUAUUGCAUUAAAUGCACCAAAUAUAUAACAAUAAUAAUGUACACUUGAUAAUGUAAAAGGGACAAUUCAUCUUCUGAGUAAGUGCACACAGGCAUCUCCAGCCAAUUCAUUUUGUUAAUACACCCUGUCCAUUUGCCAACAUGAACUGCAGUUGGUUUUACAGUAAGUUCGACUCCCCAGUGACCAUGCAGCACAUUUCAGAGCUCUAGUGGGCAUAUUACUUAUAUUAUUCUUUUAUGUGCGUAUGAGUCAAUUCUCUGCUUCAAUGAAAUAGUCUUUCUAUGGAGGGUCAUAUUUUGCAUUCAAGGUAAUUUUGUUUUGGGUCAGUUCUGUUUUUACAUUUUGCUGCAGUCCACGGUUUCCUUGUUGUAAAUGGGCCUUUUGCACUUUUUUAAGGCCUUAAAUAGGAAGGCAUGUGUGUCAGAAGCAUCAGAUGCUUCCUUAACGCUUCCACUAUAAAUUAUUUUUAUAGUCUAAACUGCUUUUUGUAAUUUAGAAAUCUUGUUUCAAGCGAAUGCUUCCCAGAAGACAGGUUCAUCAUGGAUUUCAAUUUUUAGAAUUUUUUUUUUUAGUGAAUUUGUUGAGUUAAUAGUUUUAAUUUGAUUUGUGUUAAACAAUCAUUACCGUAUAAUGCCCGUGAGAGGAAAUAGAUCUAAAGUGCACCUUCUGUUUAAUUGAAGGUGUCCCCAUUACGACUUGUUUUUGUCUUAUGUAGUAACUGUAGUAUUUUUUUAUAUAUUUGAUUCUUAAAGUGCACAUCUGAAAAGAUGACGUCAGUAUUUAAUAAAACGUGUACAAUUUUAUCUAAACAUUGUAAUAGCCAAACAUUCAGAGAAAAUUCAGCACGUGAAUUUUGCAAAUCUCUCGAGGCACAAUGCUAUGGAUCCAAAUUUAUUUCAUAUUUGUCUCCUGCCGGUUUAAUUCGUCAAUAUUGAACCCACUGGUUAACUUUGUGUGUCUGUGAGAAUGAAUAUUAAUGAAAGGUUUUCUAUGGGUGAUAUGAACAUGUGUAUGUAGAUCAGGAAAGAUUGAGACCCAUGUGUUAUUAUUUAUUUGUAUAUUUCAUAUCUGUUGUUUUUCAUGAAACUCACUGCAUGUAGUUGUGUAUUUUCUUCUAAUUAAUGCAUUUUGAUUUGUAUACAGUCCACCUGGCAAGAGAGAAGAUCCGUACCUUACAGAAGCAGGACGGGAAGCUUUUGACAGACUAUAUAAAAUCUAUGAAGGGACUCUGCAAAUCCUGAAUAACACGGUCCCUCAGCCAUCACAGAAUGUCAUGGUUACAGAACCAGAGCUGGUGAAGGAUGCGCUCAAUGCUCUUCUUGGUGUUGUGUCCUCUACAUUCUCCUUUAAUCAGGUAGCUGAACAGUCAAUGCUGUACCUUAAAGUUAGUAUAUUGGGUGGGCCAGUGCUUCCCAAACCUGUCCUCAAGGCACCCUACCAGUCCAGGAUUUAGGGGUUACACGGUUGUGUCUAAGGUAUUUAUUUCUAAAAACACCUUAGACAUAGCUGGGUAAUCCUUAAAUCUUGGACUGCUAGGGUGCCUUGAGGACUGGUUUGGGAACCACCGAGAUAGACAAAGCAAGUCCAGCUCCCCAGUGAUCAUUAAAAUUUGCUCCACUAGGUGGCAAGGGAGGAACAUAUUCAAAAGUUUUCCUUAAGUUCUUAGAAGCCCAACUUGAAAUCUUUACAAUUCUAAUGGAACUAGGGUAACGGUCAAAUCUUUCCAGACCUCCACCUUAACCCAACUGCUGCCAUCUUUUUAUCCACCUUAAUAUGCUUGUAAGGAAGGCAAAAUAGUUGUAAUUUCCUCCAUAUUGCAAGAACAAUGCAAAGAGAGUAUAGUGCAUUAUAAUUAGGGAGAACCAAGAACAGACACUGUAAGUAGAUUGUCUACUUACCCCUACUAAAUAUAGUGUAUUUCUGUGACAUGGACUUGUUUAUAGCACCUUCUGACUUCAAUGUUGAAUUUUUUACUUUCUCUCUCCACUGCUAGUCCACUCAAGCUUUUAUAGUGAAACAAGGAGUGUACAUAUCUGGAACAACUCCCGAGAACAUCAGCAAUCUGUUGACCCAGGUUGGGGAAUACGGGACCUAUUACACUAGACUGAGCUGCUUCUCGUUACAAACUGUUCUGGACUCGUCACAUAGUAAAGGACUUGUUUUUCAGGUAAUUUUAAUAAUGUUGCCUAUGACCAUGUGCAAGGCUGCAUGAUAUGUAUAAGGUGAUUGUAGCGGACCAUGGGCGUAGGAACCCCAAAAAAUCUGGGGGGAUAUCAUUUUUACUCACCGGGUAUAUUUUUAUUCCGUAAAUUAGGAGUUGUUUAUCCUAUUUUACAGCGCUACGGAAUUUGCUGGCGCUAUAUAAAUGAUAAAAUAAUAACAUUAAAGGGUCACUACAGGGAAGGGGAUUUACUUACCGAGAUACAGCGCAGGGAUCCUCCUGAUGCCGCGCCCCCUAUUUAAUCAAAAUGACGAAAUAGGAGGGUGCGAACAGGGAGCAAUAAAACACUUCUAUUCAGAAGCGUCAUUGCUCCCUGGUGCGCAUGCGCAGCUUUGCCGCACAUACGCAGGUACUUCAUAGGGCGGCAUUCAUGUCUCGAUUAGGAAGUACCUCUAGUGGCCAUCUGAGUGUCCACUAGAGGUAUUCCUCAGCAGUAAUGUAAAUACUGCCUUUUUACGAAAUGUCAGUGCUUACAUUAAAAAGCCUGUAAAGACAUGCUAUAGACACCAGAACUACUACGUUUAGCUGUUGUGGUUCUGGUGACUAUAGUGUCCCUUGAAACUAGAAGGUAAAAAAGAAUCAUCACAAAUGUAAGAAAUAAAAUGUCUGUAUCAUUACUCUAAAAAGUAUUUAAAAUUUUUUUUUUUUAAAUGCACAUUCCUAGCUUAAUUUUUAGCACGACAUUUGACACAAACAUUUUGUACUUUGCAGAUUUCUUUUUAUAUUUGUUUAUACAUAUACAGAUUGUGUAAUACUGCCCCUGACUUAGGGUGACCACAUUUCCUACCUACCAUUCAAUUACACUCUCAGAAGUGCAUUCCAUACAUUUUACUACCUGUCUCUACCCCUUCCAUUUAUAUUAGAACCCCACCUACCCCUUCCAUGAAUAUUAGAACCACCCCUACCCCUUCCAUGCAUAUUAGUACCCCCCAACCCCUUCCAUGCAUAUUAGUACCCCCCAACCCCUUCCAUGCAUAUUAGUACCCUCCAACCCCUUCCAUGCAUAUUAGAACCCACCCUACCCCUUCUAUUCAUAUUAGUACUCCCCUAACCCUUUCCAAUUAUUUUUCUACCUUCCCCCUCCUCCCAUCCAUAUUAGAAGCCCCCCUAAACCAUUCCAAUUAUUUUUCUACCUUCCCCCUCAUCCCAUCCAUAUUAGUAGACCCCCUAUCCCCUUCCAAAUAUUUUUCUUCCUCCCAUCCAUAUUAGAGGCCCCCCCCUAACCGCUUACAUUCAUUUUUCUACCUCCUCCAUCGCCCCUUCUUUAACCCUUCCAUUAAUUAACACUAAAAAUGCUCAGGCAGCUGUUUUUUUUUUCUUUUCAGAGGUGACCGGCUCUGCUCUCCCCCCUACAAACUGUUGUCCCCCCCUUUUACCUGACACAGCAGGGGGACUUCUGGACGUCUGGCGGGCGCAGUGUCAGACUGAGCGCCGGGUAGUCACGUGACACCCGGCGCUCCUGUGCGGAAGGGGAGAUGCUCCCCUUCCCAGUCUGCAGUGCGUGCGGUUCCCUGAUGGAGCCACCCAUGGCCGGCGGAGCUGGGGGGGAUUUCUCUAUAACCUGUCCCCCCAGCAUGAUUUGCUGGGGGGGAUGUGUCCCCUCCCCACCCCCCCGGUUCCUACACCCAUGUAGCGGACCCAGGGUAACCCGAUCGUUUACCUCUGCUAAUUGCCUUCCUUCAGCUGGUCAGGAACCACUUAGAGUAGAAAGAGACCCAUUUUCUCCCCAGUAACUGGACAACCCACAGUCCUGGAGGUACAACACAAUUUUAUUGGCCACACACGGCUUUUAUGCAUAUCCCCAUGCAAGGGGUCUCCCACACAACUGUACAUUGUCACAUCACAAGAUCCUCCCUCUCCCUGAGGCCUUAGCAUGGGAAGAGGACUCUGUUCCCUUUGUCCCCAAAGCCUGCCACUAGAACACAGGGUUUCCCACACCAGAUGCCAGGGGGUGUUCUCCCCAGGAGCCUCUGUGGGGCACAGAAAAGCCCAGCCCGUGGGAAAAGAAACUAGUCUUUGUCCCUCGGGCAUAGGAAAACCCGCCAAACUUGCCAGUGCCCCAAAAGCAUCCACACCAGUCUCAGGGCCCCACACAAUGGCUCCUCUCUCAGCUAGUCUCUGUUCAUGAGGUCCCGGUGUGAAACCCAGACAAGGGAAGUGUCUACUUUCGGGGUAUGAAUGCUCCACCUGACUGACGCUCGUCGGUAAGAAUGGCGGCCAACCAGAGGAGCACUCAUUAAUUACUUCCAUUGCGGUUUCACACCUAUGUUGCAAGUGCGAGUGUUCGGAUAAAUUGGUGAGAACAUUCUAAUCGAACGCUGGGGAGGUCCUCGUUCUGGGAACAAACAAGCCAGGAAACCACCCACGAACGCUCCCCCUGGUUGGCGUUCAUCUAACGAAAUAGCGGCCACUCUGGAGCGCUCAUUAAUUGUUUCCCCUGCGGUUUGCGGUUUGACACUUAUGUUGCGAGGUGAGAACUUUUUAACCUGGCGUUCUUAAUGAGGUAUCGGGGUGGUCCCCAUUUGGGAGUCGAAUUAAUUCCCUUUGUGGAAGCACUCCCGAACGGGGAACGGGCACCAUACAUGAAAGGAUAGGUAAACACAUAACAUAAAACUGGAAAUUCACGAACAGGCAGCGGUUCCGCCACAGUAAUGUUUCAAGUGCUUAUAUGAUCCAUACUGGGACUCAGCCUCGUGAAUUGUUAAUUAUUGCCACAGUAAAGUUGACUUUUUAGUUUAACAAAGGAGAUCUAGGUUACAACGCUUUGUUGGACCUUUUCAAGAAUGUAUAUGUGUCCAACAAUACAUAAGAUUGCCUAUGGUAUUUCUCAUUAUUAAAUUAGUUUUGUAUUCUAUUCUUCAAAUAUAAAAUUAGCUCAGUGAUCCAUUCUUCCAUUGUUAUAUAAUAUACAGCAAAAUCGGUUCUGCAAAAUCUCCUCCGUUUGAGCCUUCCCAGAGUGAAAGGGGUUACACUGGGAAACAUGCUUCUGCUACGGUAAAUGUGUUGUGGACAGCUGCUUAGUGUCUGACAAUGCCUGUUUCUACCAAUUGUGACCCACUUAAACAUUGUUGGAGACCCAAAAUUUGGGUCUAGACCCCAGGGUCUACAGUCACUGUAUUAGUAGCAUGUUUGGCUUUAUGUAGUUCAACAUAUCUUUAGCACUGUGCUUACAGUAUGUCUACAGUAUUUUUAUUUAAAAUACACUAAAGUUCUUUUUUUUGGUGCAGAUAUUUCAUUUAUUAUUCCCAAAUGUAGGGAUUAGUUACAAUAACUAUUUAUUCCCCCCAAUUCCUUCACAUUAGAUAUUUUAGCGAUAAGACAGCAGAAUCUGUGUUUUUAUGAUUUCAUGGGAUAUAAUAUGCUCCAUGGUGUUAACACAAAGUGUGUAACGACAAGAUGAAGAAUAGUAAAAUUAGGUAGAUGUACACAUUUUAAAACGUUCUAUAUUGUUUUAUUUAUACUUUGAUCUGGAAGAAUUACAUAUUGUUAUUGUGUACAGAGCACACGCUGUUCUCUAUUAUAAAGUGUAUUGUGUCUCUUUGCAGGCUUUUACAAGUGGCCUUAGGAAAUACCUGCAGUAUUAUCGCGCAUGUGUUUUAUCAACUCCUGGAACACUUACCUUGCUCACAAUCAGCUUCCUUUUUAGGAAAUUAGGACGUCAGCUAAGGUAAAUGUGUGAACCUUCAUAUGAAUUCUGUAUUAAAAUGAUUAAAGCAUAGAUACAGCACACUCAAGCUAGCCUACAUAGGGUUCAGAAUAAUGGGAUUUGUUCUAGAUAUGUCAGUACCCUCUUGAAUGUUUGUAGCACAUUAUCCAGGGGAACAUUGACCAAGAUACAGCUGUAACGAGAACACUUUUUAUUUAAUCAGAAUGUUUCAUUUUCAAAUACAUUAUAAUAAUAGAACUGGCAAUUGAAAACUAAAUUUGCACAUUUUAGGCCAGAUAAGCUUAGAAAAUUAUCCGACUUGUUUAUAUGUCAAAACCUGACUGUGUACAAAUUGUAUUAUCCAGCUCAGGAAGGAUCACUGUUGAAUUCCGUGAUUACUAGCAUUUGCAUGAUCUGGGCUGUUGUGAUAAAAUCAUAAUUGUAUUUUAAUCAUUUUUUUUCCUUACAAUUUGUAUUCAGAUACCUAGCAGAGCUGUGCUGCAUUGGGACGCUGGGCUCUGGUGUGUGUAGGGGGAACAGUGCUUUGUUUCCCACAGUAAGUAUGGACUCUUCCUGUCUGACAUCACUGCAUGGGUAUACUGAUGGUCAGACUCUACUAUCGUCUUAUAACCAUCAAAUGGGCGCUGUUUAGCAACAAAAAGGGAGACAAGUGGAAUUAAAGGAGACAUCGAACAUUAGAAAUACAAAAGUGUAUUUCUGAUGUUGGAGUGUUCUCAUGCUUUUUUAUAUUUAAGAGAUGAAAACAAUUAUUUACUCACAUUCUUUUCCGUGCCAAGCCAGUUUGAGCUAAUGUUCUCAACCAAUCCAAUGCUUUCGCAUAGAGAAGCAUUGGGGGGCUACUGCCUUUUCAAAGAAAAUUCCUUAUAAACUCAACAUUCAUGUGCGACUGAGUGGAUGCCAUACUUAGAAGUUCCUGGAGAACUUGUAAUAGAUCGCCUGCAAUCUGUAGGUGAUCCUAUAUUUACCUAAAGGAGUCCUUCUGACCUGAUUGAUGCUAUUCUUAAACACUCUGAAGUCGAAAAGACAAACGCUAGCCUGUGACCUACUUCUCACCUCCUGGGAUUCUUAAUAUUGAGAAGCAUCUGGUUACUUGUCACUUCACAGGCAAACAUAAAUAAAUUGAGCAGUAUUUAGACAAAAUCUAUACAACGUGACAUUCAGACUCUAGAUGGAAAAUUGUGAACAUUUUAUAAGGCAAUGCCCCUCCCCCCCAUUUUAUUUAUUUUUUUCCAUCUUGUUUUUUUUUUUUUUUUUUUACACUACUGCUGCACCUUUCAUUAACUGGAUCUCACAACUGUUGUGCUCGAUCAGGGUAUCUGUGUUCAUUGAACUAGCCUUUGUUUCUUCCAGGGAGUCAAACUGCUUUCUUAUCUCUAUAAGGAAGCUCUUGAAAAUGGCAGCAAUGAAAAUUACCCAGUCUUGUUAUCACUAUUGAAAACUUGUUGUGAGCCUUACACAAGGUAAUUUAGAAUAGACCUUAAUUCAUUGAUGGGUGGGGGGUUUAGUAUAUGGGACGUUUAAUCUCACAUUUAGUGAAUAGGCUUUCAAAUGUAAUUAUUUAUAAGAUAUUUUACCAGGAAGGAUACAUUGAGAUUUCUCUAAUUUUCAAGUAUGUCCUGUGUCCACAAAACAUCGCAUUGUUACAUUAUGGUACAAUAGUCCAAAAAUACAAUAUACAAAAAAAAAAAAUAAAAAAAAAAAGUUUAGCGCAUAAUAGGUAAUAAAUCUAGUCAACCAUGCCAGGUGCAUUCUGUAUUCAGGCAUAUUGCCAGACCUCAAUACAAUUCUUUUCCUUUUAAAGACAUUUGCAGUUAACACGUUUCAUAUUGGAGUUGCACAGCAGGAAAUAAUGAUUAAUUAAAUCUCAUUUUGUAAAGUGUUACAUUGUAGUGCGGCGAUUCCAGGGUUACCUGGGAGAUUAAUUAUAUGUGCCAUUGAUGCCACAAUUAGUAACACAUUCUUCUGCAGAGAAGCUAAAAUAUAUUUUUAAAAAAUCUUUCAAACCAUUAAAACAAUAAGCAUUUUCUCAUACAUGUUUUAUGGAAAUUAGAUUAGUUAAUCAGCACUGUUAUGUUUGAUGCUAUUCUCGAUAACAUUUGUUGUUUUUUCCACUCCCAGAUUUGUCUACGAUUGGGUAUAUAGUGGUGUCUUCCGUGACGUCUGCGGGGAAUUUAUGAUUCAAGUGAAUCAAGACUUUCUUGGAUUUCGAGGUAUUGACGUGUUAUCUCACACUACAUGUUUAUGAUAAAACACAUCUAUUUCUAAUUAACAUUUGGCUCCCAUUUUAUUAGAUCGACGCUACUGGACGCAUGGAUAUACUUUUAUUUCCAAAGAAGUAGAAGACUGCGUUCCUGUAUUUUUAAAGCACCUUGCUAACGAGAUCUACAUUUGUGGGAAAACUAUAAACUUAUUGAAACUGUGCUGCCCCAAGGCAAGUUGCUUUUAUAGGUUACAUAGUAUGUGUUUUUCUGUUACUUCAAGGGACUUAUGGUGGAUUCUUUUUGUUUUUUUAUAAUCUGUUUAGCUUUGUAAGCCCUCUCUUUCUGCUCUGUCCUUCCAUCCUGCGCUGUUUCCCUUUUUGCUUCAAUAAUGCAGCUGUAUAAAAUAGUUUUGUGGAUGUUGUAGUUAAUUAUCCCCUACCCUCAGUCCUGACACAUUAUUUGGAACAUUUUAAAAUUAGUAUUGUUUUUGUGUUACAGUGCACUGAAAUGGCUUUAACCCCUUAAGGACCAAACUUCUGUAAUAAAAGGGAAUCAUGACAUGUCACACAUGUCAUGUGUCCUUAAGGGGUUAAAUGAGUUGUAUUGCUAUACAUACAUUUGAAGAAUCUUUGUAGGAGCGCACCACAGUAAGGAUGAAAUGCUCAACACUUGGUAGGGUACUAUAUGGAGAAAUCCUAUGACGUCGUUAUGAAAUAAUCAAUACUUAUUAUAAUGUACCAUAGCGCUCAGUGUUAAGACAAAUAUAUCUUUAUUAGUAUCAAAAUAUAUAUGAUACAAUCCAUUAUGUAGUAUGCAAGAAAUAUCAAACACAUAAAAAAUGAGUAACCUACAUUAUUCCUUCAGUGUUACCUUCAAAAUAACCAAGGAGAGGAGAUCACAAAACCCCAACAUUACAAGGAGAUCCCCUAGAAAAAGAACAAGGGUCGAAACGUUGGGGUUUUGUGGUCUCCUCUCUUUAUUUCCGUAUGUCAUACAUCUUUUGACUUAUGUAGGUUAUUUAUUGUUUGUGUUUGAUAUUUCUCGCAUACUACAAGGUGGAUUGUAUCAUAUAUAUUUCUGCUCUCCUCCUAUUCUGAUAUCAAUAAAAAUAUGUUUAUGGUAAUAUUUAAGUACUGUAAUACAUGACCACUUACAUAACUGAUAUACAUAGUAUGUGGAGAUAUAUAUAUUUGAAUAAUAAAUUACAUUUAUGAAUGCUGACUUGUUUCUAUAUAUUUGAUAUUGCAGCAUUACAUUUGCUGGUCUGAUAUCCCAGUGCCCAGAAUAUCUGUAACAUUUUCCUUAGAGGAGCUGAAGGAAAUGGAAAAGGAUUGCGCUGUGUAUGUUGCUCAGAUGGAGAGGAUCGCACGCUAUAGCUCAAUCAGCAGAGAGGAGAAAGUAAGACCCAACAUAAAUAUGUAUUGAUGACAUUUUGUUUGUUACCUGCAGUUACUGGAUAAAAGAUUUUAGAAUGUAAACAAUCGAACCCCGUUUAUAGAAUUAAAACUGUCAUAUGGUUGACGGUUGUAGGAACCUAGAGAUCACCUGAUUGUCACUAAACAUGUCUACAUUAAGGCAAAAUCCACAUUCUGGUUUUCCUACAGAUUGUCCUUCAUUUACAGUGGUUACAACGCAGUAAAGGAUUCUGGAAGGAAUAUACAGGUUAGGUUCGUAAAAGCCAUCAUGCGGAGUGUGAUUUUGACAAACAGAGCUUUAAUUUUCAAAAUUCUUAAAGAGUAAAUUGAGAAAAGGAAAUUGGUUUUCCCAAUUAAAGAGCCCUCUUAUUAGCAAAUGUACAUACAAAAUGUGGGAUUCAAUGUUGGACAUACUGCUGGCGAGGAGGAGGUCAAGAAGGCUCGAGCUCUCCAGCUUGAAUCGGGUAGGCCCUGAAGGCACAAAACUUUGUAUUUUUUCUAUGCACAUCUUGUUUUAUACUUUGAUAUACUUCACUGUGUGUUAUUUGUUUAGCCCAAUUUUUAGAUUCAUAGCUGAAUCCCAAAUUUUGUAUGUCCAUAUAUCAUUGGGUAUCUUGCCCAAGGAACACUUACUGGUGAAAAUGAAUAUACCUUGGGCAAGAAUGACAUUACCACUGCUCUAAACCAUAUAUAUUGCUUAAAAAAAUAUAUAAUACAAUUUACCACCAGUUUAUUAAUUGGCAGGUAAUGAGUGUAUUCACUUGUUAUCCAUUAUUUAGAGCUGACCAAUGUUUGUUUAUUUACUUUAGAUUUUGCAAACUGAAAUUGCCAAGCAUGAACUAAUUAUCCAGGCCCAUGAGACAGCAGAAAAAGUCAUGGAAACGUUUAAAGGUCUUCCUCCUUUUCUGACAUUCUGCCAGUCCUUUAAGUGUUGUUUAUCUGUUUUGUAAUGGCCAUGUUUUGUGUUGUUUCUUAAACAGAUCAACGAUUAGCAGAGAAGAAACUUCUGAAUACAAAGAAGAGAGAGCUGUUUAUUAAAUUGAAAGAGCAAUACGAAAAGGACCAAGAGGUAUGUUCUGUGUUUCAUUAACUAGGGGAUAGUUAAAAUAUUAACCGAGUAUAUUUCAAGAUUGAAAAUGUCAAAACACUAUUUUUUUUUUGUUUUUUUGUAAUAUAUUUUUCUGAAGUGGAAAUUUAACAGCCUUAAAGGACCACUAUAGGCACCCAGACCACUUCAGCUCAAUGAAGUGGUCUGAGUGCCAGGUCCCCCUAGUUUUAACCCUGCAGCUGUAAACAUAGCAGUAUCAGAGACAUAUGUUUACAUUGUGGGUUAAUCCAGCCUCUAGUGGCUGUCUCCCUGACAGCCACUAGGGUCGCUUCCGCGAUUCUCAGUGUGAAAAUCACACUGAGAUGACUCUGGACGUUCAUAGGAAAGCUUUGAGUAAUGCUUUCCUAUGGGCGGUUUGAAUGCGCGCGCAGCUCUGGCUGCGCAUGCACAUUCAGAGCUGACGUCGGCAGAGGGAGGAGAGGUCACCAGCGCCCAGGGAGCCCGGCGCUUAUUAAGGUAAGUGGCUGGAGGGGUUUUAACCACCCAGCAGUUUUAUCCUCCUGCUUCAAUACGAAUUUACAAGCGUUGAGAAAAAAGUCUUUUUCAUGUCACAACCCUUCAUAUAUAAGGCUUAUUCAUUAAAUAAUUUGUUAGUAGAGGACAAAAGAUUUGCAAAUUGAUGUGCAGAUAACUGUGUUAGAACAAAUCUGUAUUGCACCCCAGUUGGUUUUUCCUAACACGGCUGUUUUGGGUUAGCAACUUAAAAUUUACUGAACCUCGGAGUGUCAUAUUGUAAAAAUGCCUGAAAGCCACUGCUCUAAAAUGUAAGAUGGUUUUUGUUUUCAUGUCUUUAUUGCUGUAGCGGAAACUUGCCGCCAAACAAGAAGAAGCAGAUGAUGAUUUCAGUUAUGCGCGGGAGAUGCGAGAUCGCGAGAAGAGGCUGAAGGCUUUGGAGGAAGAGCUAGAGUCAAAGGCCAAGUAAUUAUUUUUAUAUCUUCAUUGACUAUCAUCAUCAUGUAUGUGUGAUUAGUGUGCCCUCUUUUCUUCAUUUUCCAAAAAGUACAUAUUUCAGUAGAAAUUGGCAUUUUUAUAAAUUAACCUUGUUACACCCACCAUCUGUCAGUCAGCCAGUCCUGUUAUUUCCUGGCUCUGUCAGCUCAGUGGAGCUAAACUAAAGAGGCAGCAAUUACUCUGAGCACAUGCUGCAUUGAGAAAUUUGAUUGGACAGCCACAGGCAGUCUAGAUCCCAAAUUAUUUCCUACUGCCACCUUCAAUAAUGUGUAGAUCCAAAAGUGAUUUAUGUAUAGCCUCAUUGCUAAUUGAUGACCAGCGGACCUGGUGAAGGUAACUCUGUGUAAUUAAAAUACCAGUGACUCACAUUCUGGUGUCUGAAACAAAGCUUUUCCUUCUGUCCCCACUUCAAAUUCUUUUCUUGGACAAUAUCAAUAACUUGACAGGCAUAUUUUGUUCCUCUGUUUCUUGAUAUGAAUCUUUAUUCACCAAAACCUGUGUGUGUGUGUGUAGGCAGGAGCUAAUAGAACAUUAUAGCAGAUUGUCGGAAGAAGCCACUCGUAAAGAACAAAAAGCACUCUGGAAACUCCAGCGCCAUAAAUUGGAAACUGCUCGCUUGUCUUUUUUUAUGGAGGAAGAAAGACGUCUGCAGGUAUAUAAUGCUUUAUUAUACUUGGGGCUAAAAUGGAAGCUUUUUCUUAGCUGUAUUCUUGUUAAUUACCUUCAGUUUUAACAAUUUCUUUUAUUUUUAUUUUUUGUAAAUGAUACCUGUUUACUAUUUUAGGAUUUAAUUGCACAUAUUCCAGUAAAUGCUUCUAGAGAAACAUUGGAUAUUUUACCGCACGUGAAGACUGUCCGGAUUGAAGAACACACCUUAGAUCCUAUUUUAGGCGAUGAUGCUCACAAGGUUUGUUGUGUAUUUUAUGAUAGUUACUUAUUUUUGGAAUAAUUCCACUUCCUCUCAAAUAAAACUAUUGAGUAUAGGGUGUCUAUUUUCCCAAACAAGGAGUCAGUCUGUUGAUGUACAGUGUGUCUGUCAGUCACAACACUGGUUUAUGGGAGUGUCUGCCUGUUUGACUAAUUCAGUGAUACAAUAGUGAAUUAAAAAUGCUCUACUUGCAUAGUAUGGCCGUGCAUGUGUUUCUUCCCUUGUCCCUGGUCCCACAAGACCUACAAUAAAACUUUUCAAAUCCAAAUUUCUACUGCUGCUAUAGUCUGCAUCAUGUGAGAAUGCUAAUAUAUAAACAAUUAUAUCACACAGGAUGUUAAUGAUGGAAAAUCUAAAGAAGAUUUUGCCUCAAGUAACGAAACACCAACUCCACCGAUUUCGCAAAGUGACAGUGUAACCGUAGCAGAAACUGUAGCUGCAAGCAGUAAUCCGGCUUCAUUAUUAUUAAGCCCCUCAUUGGAACCCAGCUGUUGUACGCCUGAUGUGGACAUUGCAGAUUUCAUUCCAGCUUCACCAUGUGGGGAGCUGCAGGUUGAACUUAAUGUAGAACUGUCUCUUGUUGACGAUGCUUUAAAAGAUAUUGGUUCAGAUAUUACUAAGGACACAGAGAUCACAGAAACUAUACCUGCAGUAGAGGAGGAGGGCAGUUUUCCAAAUGAUUAUGAUUUUAGCACCGUUCUAAAACCUGUAGCAUUUACUCAUGUUUCUCAAGGGCAUAUCAUGAUUGGGGAAAAUAUGCCCGAUGCCCAAUCUACAAGGCCACAUUGGAAUAUUCACGGCCAUGCAUCAGAUGCUAGCAUUAAAAUCGGCAGCUACAUUCCAGAUGGCAAAAUAUUGCAUCCGCAGGCCAGCCAGUAUGGACAUUCGUCAGAUUCACACAUUGAUAUUGGCGCUUAUGUGUCGAACAUAGAACCUGGUCUGCCCCAGUCUAAUAUUCACGGCCAUGUCUCCUCUGGACACAUUAUGGUAGGGCAAUAUGCUUCUGAUGUAGAGGUACCACAACCAAGACAGAAUAUCCAUGGACAUGCCUCCCAGGCCAACAUAAAGGUUGGUGAGAAUGUUUCAGAUGUUCAACAAUCAAGACCACGGUGGAAUAUUCAUGGACACGCGUCAGAUGCCCAUAUAAAGAUUGGAGAGCACAUGACAGAGGUUGUAAGUUCACGACCUCGCUGGAACAUCCACGGUCAUGCUUCACAAUCACAUAUACAAAUUGGAGAAAAUGUUUCCAAUGUUGAACCUUCAAAACCCCGUUGUAGCUCCUUUGGUCACGUGUCUCACUCCAGUAUCGAAAUUGGAGAGCAGGUACGCAAUGGUGACAGCACUGCAAAGCCAAGCCAGAAAUCUGAAUAUGGUCACUCUUCAGACUCCACUAUUCAAGGUUUACUGUAUGGAGAACAGUCAAACCUCAGCAAAAAAACCAACAAAGAAUGUGAUGAAGUCAAAGCGCAGUCUUCAGAGCAUAGCAUUCCAUCUGAUGCUGAAACUGUGUUAUCACCAAGUGCAAUUGGAGGUGAUGAGAAGGAAAGCAAACCGACUCCAGGUAUUGAACAUAACCCUAAUGGUGCUUCACCACUUACAGGUUUUGUUUUAGUUUUCUCAAGACUUUUUUUUAUGUAAAGCCUUUACUAGUAAAAGAAUGUCUGUCUAUGCCAAGUGUUCUCCUAGUGUUAACACCAUAUUUUCCCUCAUCACUUCUUUAACACAACCUUCUCAUUCUCCACACUUCCAAUUAAAAUAAAGGUUAUAUAUUGGCUUUACAUAACCGGGUGGUAUCACAAAAUCUCUUUAUCUAGAAUUUACUUCAUGGCAGAAAUUCUACCUUCCAAUACUUAGUGAAAUCAAUUGAUAUGAUUAUAUAAUACCGCUAUCCCUUCUCUCUUCCAAGUUUUACAUAUGUGUGUCAUAUUUUCCAUCCCGAUUCAUUGCUUGUGCUCUAUAUUCUUGCCCCCUUUGAAUUCACUGAAUGUCUUGCCAUCUGACUACAGGAUUUUAAAUGAUCUCUUUCAAGUGAUGUAUACAUUUGCAUCAUCCUGUCCUUGUUUGUGAUUCUAAUACCUUAUGAUAUGCAACCUUGUUAAAGGUUUUAUAUUUUUUGUCUUUUCCAUGUUUGUUCCAACCAUUAGAAAGUCUAGAGAAGGAGUCCAGGCAUAUUUCUUCAGUUUCCAUCCAGGAUGAUCAGGUAAAUUGUGACCACCUAAUACUGACAACUAUUUAGCAUUUGACACUCUAAUGUCAGUAUAAAGUUAUUUAACCUCGCUUUUAUCUUAGAGUUCUGCUACUGCAUGCAAAGACGAAACCCAGACUGAAAUAAAUACUGCCCCUCCAUGUGAUGAUCUACAUCCUGCAUUGGAAGGAGAGGAAGUUACUGCUCCUGAUGAAACCUGGGAGAAAGAACAACGGUAUCUCCAGGCCUUGGCAAACAAGUAUUGCCUGGAAAAAUACCAAGACAGUUAUGGUUUAAUGUGUAUGUAUUGAGAGACAGAAAAUGCACCUCCCCCCCAUUUAUUCUCUUACUCUUCUAAUUCACACCCACCAUCUUCCAUUCCCAAGUUCAUGCUUGCCAACGUUGGGAGUAAUGAUGUAUGGAAUGAAGUCCUCCCUUUCUAAUUCCUCUCCCACACUUUCUCUCUUCGGUUCCUCUUUCUGCCUUCUCUCAACCAUUUCAUCCACUCCUUUCCCCUUUUUAUGCCUCAAUCCAUUUCUCUCUUUCUGUACUUGGUAAGAUGACUGGUAGAUGGAGUAAAAGAGUGGUAACACUGUAUCAUAGUUAACACAAGAUCUCCAAUUUGCUUUAUAUUAUAUACAGCUGCUCCUCCAGUUCUCCAAUCUCUGAACAAAGGGAUUCUCAGACAGUUUGAAUUUCCUGUGGAUCCUGGUGUACAUUCAGCAACAGAUGAAACUGCAGUUCAGCUCAUUGAACUCCUGUCUCUCCCAGUGCUGAUGAAAUACUCUAUUACUGCUCCCAUGGUGUCUCAGUAAGUAAAAUCGAGUAUUGGUGGGUUUUGGUCCCUGUUAUAUUCUUUAUUACAUAUGGUAAUUUGUGUGUUUUUUGUUUGUUCAUAAUUUUCCUCUGUAGUGUUUCUCUUGUAAAUAAAGCCAUAGUAGAUUUCUAUUUUGUGGAACUGAACAUGGAGAAGCACUUUGAAGCUAUACGACAUUUCCUUCUGAUGGAAGAUGGAGAGUUUGCCCAAUCACUCAGUGACCUCUUAUUCGAAAAGGUAACCUGUUUCUAAAAAUCUUGUAAUGUAAUUACAGGUUAAAAAUUAAGUGUUGCUAGAUAAAUACUCAUUCUUGAAGGUGUUUUUUAAAAUAUAAUCCUUUUCAUGGAUUGCAGAAAAAUGACCAUCAGUAAAGAAUGUCACAUCCAGUGUUGCUUCAUUUGAGCAUUGCACAUAGUGUACACCAACACUUUCUGUAGAACACUGAGUCCAAUCUCUGCCCUGGAAGCUCUGGCAGUAGUAAACACUCCAUCCAUUUUUGUGUUAGCAUAGUUUUUUCACUCUCGGAUAAACAAUUCAAUAGUUUUAUUUCUGUGAGUUCUACUCUCCAGAAUUUUUAUUGCAUACUAAAAAUUAAAAAAAAACAACCAAAUAGACUACUGAAAAAGGGCUUCACAAAAUACCAGGCCUAAGUUGGGCCAUCGCUCCUAAAACUGUAACAGUUUUACACAGUUUGAGCGUGUUGUGUUACUACCUAUGGAUGUGUGUUACACUAGCCUUCAUAAAGGUGAACAUCAUUUGAUCCCUGUUUCCCUGAAAGUAAGACAUCCCCCAAAAAUAAGCUCUUGCUUAUUUUGGGGGGAUGCUCGUAAUAUAAGCCCUACCCUGAAAAUAAACCCUAGUUGCUAGUUCGCUAAUCUAUGUUCGGGGAAUUUUUCCCGAAACAUGAAUUCUCAUGAUUCUAUUGGCGAGUAAGCUAAUCUAUGUUCGGGAAAGUUUCCCAACAUGCCCUAGUAAACUGAUCUAUGUUCGGGGGAAUUUCCCUGAAUGGAGACUUGCUUUCUAGCACAUGCUUGCUACCGUUUUCCCCCGCAAUAAGACUUCCCCUGAAAAUAAGCCUUUGUGCGUUUUUUGGGGGGAAAAUUAAUAUAAGACCCGGUCUUAUUUUUGGGGAAAGUUGCUACCUGGAUUUGUGUUUAAAGGCGCUUGAAACAGAGGCUGAUCUCCCCAAAAACAUGCUAACAGUGUUGCAAAUGCUGUACCCUCUAUUUGAUUAGUAGCCUACACCAUAGACUGUUAUGUCCACAUGUAAGGAUUAAAGUGAACAUGCUCUCCACUGAUCGACAAAUCUACUAAUAGCUAGCGUUCUGGGUGUUUCGUCUUCAAAUUAUUUGGUUAAAAGCUGCAAUGUUCAAUCUCUGUAGAUUUUUGCAAAAGCUUAGUGUUAUAGUAUCUUGCUAAAAUUCUUAAACUUUCAUUUCAAACUGGCCGUUUGGUUAGUUUAAUUUCAGACUGGGCUCUCGGCUCAUUUAUGGUGGCUUGCAGUCUAGAAACUGAGCAGAACCCCAAAGGUACAAUAGCAAACAACAAAAACCACAAUCUUUUAUUAAAAACAUCCUUACGAGCAGGUAAUCUUAGGACCCAGAAUUCUAUGUAAGCUUUAAAAUAGAUACAGAGUGUUUGAUCAUUCUUGCCCAACUCCCUUGCUGCUCAGAUUUCAGACACAGAGAUCGCUACAACCACAGUCAUUGAGACCAGUGUUGGCACAGGAGACAUGUAGAUAAAAGAUACAUAUUUAUUGCAGAUCUUUGUACUUUUCAGCCUGUGGACCACACAAGGCUGCUUUACUUGAGGUCAAUCAAAUAUUCUAGUUAAUUGAUAAAUAUUUUCUUCUACAGCUUGGAUCAGGACAAACUCCCAGAGAGAUGCUCACUCCGUUGGUUCUGAAUUCUAUACUGAACAAAGCUCUGCAGUACAGUCUGCAUGGGGAUUCUCAUCUCGCAUUCAAUCUCUCGUUUGCACUCAAAUUCCUGCCAGAAAUGUUUACACCUACUGCCCCGGAUACAUUAAGCUGCUUGGAGUUAAAAUAUAAGGUAAACCGCUUUUAAUUUGCUUCCUGUAAGAUUUGGUGUGUUUUUAUGUAAAGGUUUGCACUUCGCUGUCCUGAAAGCACGGCCCCUAUAGAGCACAACAUGUACUGAAACAUUGAGAUCGAAUUCUCUAACUGACAGCUGGAUGUGAGACCGUUCACUCUCUGUAUGGUUCAGCCUGAUAUAAGACAGAACUAACUUGUAACACCUCACUCUGCUAAGCUUACUGAAAGCAUAUUAUCACAAACUGAACCAUUCUGCCAUUGCAUUCCAUCGUAUAUCUUUGUCUGAGCCUUGGAGAGCUAGCUGCUAACCACUUCAGGUUACUGGCCAACCUUGAUUGCCUGUGACUGUUUAAAAUCUAGCAGCGGUGAACUCAUUGUGCCCCUAGUGUAGAGGAGGAUUGUAUCACGGGGAUAGAUUAGACAGUUAUAAUUAUUUUACGUUUUUCCUAAUGUUAUAAUAUUCUACGACUGCUUGUUUAACUUUGGUGUAGUUUCAUAACGGUGAUAACCCUUAUGGUCUAAUGGAGGUGCAAGGUCUAUUUUAACCAGUGCUGCGGAAUUUGUUGGCGCUUUAUAAAUACCAGUAAUAAAUAAAAUAAACCAACCUUUUUUAUCUAUGAUAUAAAGAUUAUGUAGGGUACUAACGGGAGCAGCUAAUACGUCAUGAUAUAGUUAUCACAGAAUGUUUGAAAAUGUAGUGACUUUUUUUUUUUUCUCCCUUCAAGAUUGAUUGGCCUCUGAGCAUUGUGGUAACAGAGUCCUGCAUGAAUAAGUACAAUAAGAUCUUCUCUUUUCUGCUCCAGUUGAAGCACAUGGUUUGGACUUUGCGAGAUGUUUGGUUUCAUUUGAAACGGACCGGUAAGUGCAGCCCAGUGACAGGCAAUAAAAUAAAUAGCAUAUUGACACUUUCACAGCAGAUCAAGCUUUACUGCUAAUCUUUUACGCCUUGUUCCUGUAGGAUUUGCAGAAUGUGGUGUGAAAUGUGACUGCUAAUGUUUUGUGCUCAUUUUAUUUCUUGUUCUGCCCACAGCUUUAGUGAAUCAAGCCUCUUCUUCCAUUCAGCAUCGCCAGCUGCAACUUUACCGCCACGAAAUGCAGCACUUUGUGAAAGUUAUUCAGGGAUAUAUCGCCAAUCAGAUUCUGCAUGUCACAUGGUCUGAAUUCCGAAACAAACUGCGCACAGUCAGCAAUCUGGAAGAGAUUUACAGGACGCAUGCAGAGUAUCUUAACAAGGCCCUUUUUAGGUAAGUAUGCUACGUGAUUGAUGAACAAGCAGGUACCAAAUAUCUGGGUUUAUAUUUCGGUAAUGUUAUAUAAAUGCUUGCUGAAAUAUAAAAUGUUCUCUGUUCGUUUCCCUGAUAAUUGUUCCCUGCUACUUUAGACCACUUUGUAGAAAAGAACACUUUCAUAAUACCGCCCCCCUCCCAUUGUGUAAUGUGAUUUUGCAGUCAGGUGUUAUAUGACAAUGUUGUGCAUCCAUUGUUUUUCUUAGAGUGCACAAAGUAAGUGUUCUUCCCAUAGUUAUAAAGAAUACAGCUGUGGUGGUAGCAGUGCAGGGGGGAUAAUGUUUGUAACGUUGGCUGUUUUGACCUACUUGAUAUAAAUGCACAGUGUGCUUGGCAACUAAGAGGAUCACAGAUCAUUGUCCCUUUGUUGUCUGGGCAUUUUUUUGGAAAGAUCUCCUUCCCAGGUCAUAUAUUUACUACAUUGUGGCACCUGGGUGGAGGAGAUGGUGAGAUGUACUUACCUGAAGCACUUCCUCCCAAGCACUGUUAAUUUUUCAGACUUGAUAAAUGAUAAUCAAUCCCUUUAAAAUAUUGUGCUCUUUCUAUAUUAUUUGUAUGCUAAAGAAAUCUUAUAAUUUUGUGUAAUUUCUUGUAGUAAAUUACUAGAUUCAUGCAAGUCCAGAAGGCUGAGCUACAUGGGGUUAGCUGGUAUUAGAAACUGUAAAAGUUGUUGGACAGGUGAAUGUAAAUGCUAGACUUCCCCAUAUGAUGUCACUGGGUAUGAAGGUGGAGCUUGGUCAUUCCAAAUUAAGGAAAUAAAUGAUGGAGAGACCUCUAAUUAGAUCAAUAUUGUUAUGGUGUUUGUAGUUUCUCUUUUGGAUUUGUGGUGUCAAAGGUUUUUGGUGCAAAAAAUUGUUUUUUUUUUCAGAGGGCUUCUCACAGAGAAAGCUGCCCCGUUGAUGAAUAUUAUCCACAGCAUUUUCAGCCUCAUUCUCAAGUUCCGCAUACAGUUAAUCUCUCAGCCGUGGACCUGCGACAAAGGGAAACAAAUGGCUACACACCCUAAUUUUGGAUUAAUGCAACAGUCUUACAAUACCUUCAAGUAUUACUCUGACUUUCUUUUUGUAGGUAAGAUCUGCAUGGUUCUAGACAGAAAGUUAUAUAUAAACAGUUAUCCAAAAGGCCAUUAAUUGAGUGGAAUAUUUUCUGUUUAGACCAAAUUAGCUGAAUUCUGUCAGCUACCCUGUUUCCAGUUAAUUUCUUCUUCUUUUUUUUUUUUUCUUCUAAUUUACAAAUUUUCUGAUCCUAUUAAAAUUUCAUGUGAUUGCAUUCAGAUUUGUUAACCUGGUGGAAUCGGUAGCCUAAAACUGUGUUGUUCUUCUGCUUUGUAGUUGUAACAAAACUUGUAAACCGAGGAUAUCAACCGCAUCUGGAGGAUUUCCUUCUACGAAUCAACUUCAACAAUUAUUACAAAGAAAGCUAAGCACCGCGCACGUUUGGCCUUUUGUUUGUCAUUUCAAAUCUAUUUCUCCAAUCCCUCAUGUGUUUAUUUUUGUAAAUACACAUUUCUUAAAUAAAGUAUAAAUUAUAAUUGUGAUGAAAGUAAACAUAACAAAUAUACAGGGUUUGUGAAUGGUGUUUUAUUUUUUUUGAAAAUUGCGAUGCAUCAGAUAUAUUUAUAAUAAGUUAUAUAUUUUAUAUUGAUGGGAAGAGGAUGCAGAGAAAAUUUAAGGCUUAAGGGAAUACUUUAAGCACUUUUACCACAACAGCACUAGUGCGUAUGGUGCACUCUGUAGUGAGUAUGGUGCCAGGAGUCUCCUGUUGUCAUUCUUCAGUAAACUGUCAAACCGAUUAGGCAUGGUUUGAUCGGGCACCUGCGGUCCUUUCGGUCUUCACUGAUAUGCUAAUGCGGCCGUUUAGACUUCUGAGUAUGCACAUCAACUUUAGACACUCUUCAUUGGCUGAGGAGGGACAGCUGACACACAUGCCAAUGUCCAAACUUGGUAUUCUAAUUUAGAAGCCUAAACGUCAGCAAAAACAUAUCCGUGCAGACUGAAAGGACGGUGACUCCUGCCAAAGCCAGGUGAGUGCCAAAUCAUUUGUAAACUGUUUGACAACGUAGCAUGGGUCGGUGCUCCUCUUGCCAAAAACAGUGCAGCAAGAUGAAGUGGUUAUGGUGCUCAGAGUCCCUUAACACAUUCGUCAUUAAGACAUUUAAACAAAGUAAGAAACGAAAGGAAAAUUAAAUCUGCCAGUCUGGAAAAAAUAAUAAGUGUGUUGGAAAUUAGAGUAUAUUUUACAUGUAUUUAUUUAUAUUUCCAGUAUUUACUGCUCAAACAAUAUUAAGCAAUGUGGACUCAUGCUCGAUCAGUUUCUCACAUUCGGCAUUGUAUCUUGUUUUAUACUUUGUGUAUAAUGUUAAAUAUAACAGUUGGUGCAUCCACAAUGACCAUAAUAGAAUUCGUUUCACAACCACUAUAAAGAGAAAUUGUGUUUUUGUUUUUGUUUUGUCAAUAGUUUUGAUUAUAGCACAAUUCAGAAUAUCACACUUGAUCAGUUUGAACUCGCUGGAUUGCAAAGGCUCAACUGGUUUCCAGUGUUUGACAGAAGCCUGUAGUAUAUCAUUUAU